AUGUACUUGAGCGUCGACUACAUUCGCGUGUGGCAAGACCUCCGCGGCAACGAAGAGAAUGCGAGCCACAUUGGCUGCGACCCCGCGAGCCACCCGACGAGCCAAUGGAUCCUCGACAAUAUCGGCGAGUACUCGGACGCCAACAACUCGGUCAUCGACGUGGCCGGUGGCGCGACCUGCAACUCGGACGACGACUGCACGCGUGCGUCCAUGAUGACGGGCAUCUGCGUCAAGAACCGGUGCCAGUGCACGACGCUCUGGGGCGGUCCUCGGUGCACGUGGGUCGUCGACAUCGAGCCCAACUGGGCGUACCGGGCGCAUGUUUCGGCCAAGGGCUUUGGCCCGACCGUGCCGAUCACCGUCUCGCUCCUCGCGCUCGUGCUCGUUUCGAUCGCGUUCAUCCAGUACCGCCAGUCCAAGGGCCACUUUAUGUUUUUCGGCAAGGUCCGCGGUCCGCCGACGCCCGUGACGCGCGCGUCGUCGGUCGCCAACGACGACGUCAUGGCGACCGAGGACCGGGCCCGCGCCUUGCUCAACCAGAGCUCGCUCGAGAAUGCGUCCUUUAUGGACAGCCACGGCCACGUCUUCGACAGCAACCACGGCAUGGACAUUGGCCACACGCGCUACGAGCUCGAGACGACGCCGAGCGAGGGCCACCACGUGCGCUUCACCGACAAGGCGUUUGCGAUCGAUGCGAACGGCCGCAAGACGGCGCCCAGUACCUUGAUGUAG